UAGUACGUAGUAUUAUUAAUUAAUACUGUCGAUUGAACUUGAUUUACUUCGUAGUAUUAUCUAUAAAUUGAGACUUUGUAUUUAUAGAUGACCCCAUGGGCCACAAAGCCACGAUGAUUUUUAAAGCGAUAAAAAGGCAAGGAUUCUGUGGUUAGGCAUGGCCUGGUGCUUCUUCCUUCGCCGGCGCGUCCGUCGCGGGGGGCGGCGCUACUGCCGCCGCAUAUCCGAGUCGGAAGCGCCCGGCUAUCCACGACGCUUCGAGAAACCGGAUGGGACGAAGAUCCCACCCGAGUUCAAACGGGAACUUUUCCUUCAAAAAGAACUCUUUGAGCCAAUCCACUCGGAUUUGUCCCGAUUCGUCUCGAAACAGAAUCGUCACAAACGCGGCUUCGGUAUACGCGAGGAGCUUCUCGUACUGCCCGAACACCAUGUCGGGGUUGGUGGCGCGGCUGUCGGCUUCGCGGAGGUGGCGGAACUGCACGAGGUCAGCCUCGGACAGGUACUUGCCGUCCUUGGACAAUGCCACAAGCUGGUCGAUCAACUCGGGAGCGAGGGUCGUUUGGUCGCCAGUAUGUGCGUCUCGACGGCUGAGCGACGCGUCAUGCUCGAUCGCGUUGUGACGGCAGAGGUUCGCGAGGGAAAUGACCUGCUUGCCAUCUUCCACAGUUCCCAACUUCAUCGUAUUGGCGCCCGCCAAGGACGUGCGGAAGGUCCAGUCCACCUUGGCAAGUUCCAGCACCGAUUUGAGCUUGGGCUGCGUGAUGCCUGUGCGGGGAAGGAUGCCGUAGUUGGCCAUGGUGUUGAGAAACGGACAUGGCGACACACUGUCGCCCUCCGAAGCGGGGGUCCAUGUCUCAAAGCCUGCCGGUGGGGCGUGGUUGGUGUCCGUAGCGUGGUUGGUGUCGGUAGGCGUACUCAUGCGUGCGUUCGAUGUGGUGGGUAGGAUCGCAA